AGUGUCAACGACUUUGCCCUCCGAGUGCGCUCUUUGUUAUUGACCCCUGGCGGUGAAAACUGUUGGUUUUUCUCUGUCGCAGUUUCUGCUAUCAGCAUUAUAUGAUAGUUUUCGUGUAUUUUGGAGGUCAAUCAUUUUAGUUUGAACUUGUCCGGGGUGCAACCAACAUACAUCAAGAUGGAGCCUACAAUAUACGUUGAUAUGCGAUCCCAGCCAUGCAGGGCUGUGGUGAUGUUCCUCUCUUGCAGUACCAUCCCACACAUUAUAAGUAAAGUGGAUGUCCUAAAAGGGGAUCAGAAGAAGCCCGAAUAUUCGAGUCUCUGUCCGCUGAUGAAGGUACCUGGUAUGAAAGACGGGAGCUUAUCCAUAUCAGAGAGUGUCGCAAUCAUCCGGUACCUAGCAGCUAAAUUUCCAGAUAAAUAUCCGGAUCACUGGUACCCUGCCGACCUGAGCCGCCGGGCUAAGAUCGACGAGUACAUCUCAUUUCAUCACCAAGGGAUGAGGGAACCGCUUUCCGGGCUCGUGGAGAAAAUAUUGUUCGUACCUGAACCGCUGCCUAAGGAGAGGAUCGAUGAGCAAGUGAAGUUCUGCAAUGUUUCUCUCGAUGUCUUUGAGCGGGUCUUCAUCUCAAACACACCCUUUAUCAGUGGCGACGAGAUCAGUGUUGCAGAUGCCUUAGCCGUCAAUGAGAUUUUGGAUACAAAUGUAUGCGGCUAUGACUUCACAAAGGAUAGACCCAAACUGAAGGAGUACGUGGAUCGCAUCAGGACACGACUCGGUCCGGACCUCUUCGAUCAGAUAUACGAGGAGUCCAAGCAAUGGGCCAAGGAGAUCAAGGAGUCCAAGCAGUAACCGUCAAUCACUAGCAUACCUACGGGGGGGGGGGGGCAGUCUGCCCCCUUGACAAGCCACAACCCAUGCAUGCAAAGGACGUAUCCCUGCCCCCCCCCCCUGACGAGCUUGAAAGACCUUUUUUUGCCCCCCCCCCCUGACGAGCUUGAAGACCUUUAUUGCCCCCCUGACGAGCUUGAAGACUUUUUUUUUUUUUUUUUUUUUUGGCUUGUCAAAUUUUUUGGCGGACGGUUUUGCCCCCCCCCCCCUCCUGUGGAAAAUUCUAGGUACGCCACUGCCGUCAAUUCUUUUAUGCGACGAAGAAUCCAUCACAGUGGCGUUAUGAACCAAAAAAGGUUGAGAGGGCCAAACAUGGCGUACUAGUAUGCAGCGAAAUUUCUAAGUCGCGAGCGAGCAAUAUUAAUUAACCCCCUUAAUAAAAUAAGCUAAUUUUGUGACUGGUUUUGACAAUAUAUUUAGAAAGUGAUAUCAUAUUUUACUCUUUUUUCCCCUUUACGUUCUUUUACUCAUUUUGUUUUCUUGGUGGUGGAUCGGGGGGGGGGGGUGCAUGGCCCCAAGCACCCCCGAAUCUCUACACCAGUGAUCCAAUCAUGACUCUGAUGUAUGAUAUUAGGUAUAACUUAUGUUUUCUGUAUUAAUCACAUUGUAUAAUUAGUUCGAGUUAAUAGGUUCAUGUGGGACUUAAUCAUGCUACAGUAAACGAAAUUGACUCUGAACCGACCGAUUGUAUGUCGUUGGAAAUAACCAGUAUAGCUUUGGGCGAUCGGGGCACUGUCUAAAGAGUUACGAUUGAUCAGCUCAACCACAACUAUGGAAAGCCAACAACACCAACAUCUAUAUAUGCAAGUUCGUUUAAAAUACUCCCUAGAUAUGAUGUUUAUUCAUGCAUUCAUUGUUUUUUCUUAACAAGUCGGUAUAUAUAUGCUCCUCUUUAUUUACACAAGGACAUCAUGCAAAUUUUCUAUAUGAAAAAUUAUGACAUUGAUGGAUUUACAUAGAGUUGAGAUUGAUUAGAUCAAUCUCUUUGUAUAAGAUGUGACCCUGGAGUCAGUUUCACUGGUGUAACGUAGCAUGAGAGUAUAGGGCCAUAUCUAUUUUUUGUCAUUCUGAGAUAAUCGCGUUUAAAGUUUUGGCUUGUUUAAGAAGCAAUUUUUAUACUUCGUUUUGGAGGUCAAUUUCGAUAGAUUAUAUUCAGUUAUUACAUUUUACAUGAUAUUGAAUUAUAUUUUUUGAAAAACAUUGAGAAAUUUUCAUGCUAUGAGCAAAAAACGCGUUAAGGGCCUUUUGUCAUAUUGUUGAGUGAAGCGUAUGCCAAAAGGGCUGUAACCGAAGCAUAUUUACGCCAGAUAUGCCAGAAGGGCCGUAACUGAAGCGUAUUUACGGUUACGCCUUUUGAGGCAUCAACUGCCACUCGUCUUCGUCAAAAGGCCCUUAAACAUUGUACGCACACAAUAUACUUUUUAGUAUAAAGAAAUAUAAAGCAGGCGCGAUGAAUAUCAUUGUGCCAAAAGGUCCGUUGUAAUGCAUUAUGUAUGGUAAUGCCCUUGGGUUCAAUGUCACCCUAUUUAAGGCCCUUUUGGAAGACGGAAAAGCCGGGAUACUCGUUAAGGGCUUUAUGGAAUUCACAAUUAUAACGAAUUUUGAAAAAUUAAGGACAUCCUUUUAAAAAGCAUGUCAAGAUGUACACGAUGAUAUGAAUAACUCAAAUUACCCCCAAAUUGGGUUUAGGCCCUUUUGGCAUGUGGCCGACGAUAUACCUCUAGCUCGAUAACCACAAGCCAAGCCUACCGCUUGCGAAAUAGAGUCAAAAUAUUGUAAAAAUGUCUUAUUCAACAUGUUUUAGAUUGAAUUUGAAUUCCUUUAUUCCUAUGGUAAAAUUACGCGCAGAAACUGCUGCUUGCUUCUACGACCGGUAUAAAUACAUAUUAUAUAUGUAUAUCUAUUGCCUCUUAUAUAAAACUUAGUCCCACAUUUAAGCUUUAUAAUCAUGUCUAGCCCGGAAAGAAACGAAAAGCUUAAUUCAAAUCAUGUAUUUUAAUGUAAUAGGCCUAUUUUUUCAUGUCAUUAAGUGUGUUUUGUAUACAUUUUAUAUUUAAAAUAAAGGGUGCUUACAAUAAACAAUACAUAUAUCUUUUAAUCU